UAUUAAUUAAAUAAUAAAUAUUAUUAGUAAGAAUAAUGUUUUUUAUAUAAUAUAAAAGAAAAUUAUUCUCUUAUGUUUACUAAUAAGGAACAAUUAAUAAAACGUACUGGGAAAAAUUCUAUUGGUCGUUAUGAUUUCUUAAAACUUUUAGCUACAGAAUUUAAAACUACUAAAUCUAAAGAUGCAAAGGAGCAAGUAUUGGCAAAUCUUGCUAAUUUUGCAUAUGAUCCUAUUAAUUAUGGAUACAUAAGACAAUUAAAAAUAAUUGAUUUAUUUCUUCAUACUUUAUCAGAAGAUAAUUUAAAAUUAAUUCGUUUUGCUGUAGGAGGUAUCUGUAAUGUCUGUGUUGAUCCAAUAAAUAAAUUAUAUAUUUUACGUAACCAAGGUAUUCAAUUAUUAACAUCAUUACUUUCUUUACAAGAUGAAGAUAUCAUACUUUCAGUAAUUACCACUUUAAUAUUUUUAAUUAAUCCUGACUCUAAAAAUGAAGUAACAACCGAAUUAAUUGAAAAGAUAUCUCAUCUAUCAAAUUGUAAAAAUAAACAUAUUUUGAAAACUCUAAAAGCUGGAAAUGAAAUAUCAGUUAUUAAAACUGUUACAAAAGAUGAUAUAUUAAAUUUUGCUAAAUUAACUGGAGAUUAUAAUCCAAUACAUUUUGAAGUAUCAAAUCAUCUUGUUCAUGGUGCUUUACUUAAUGGUUUAGUAUCAGGAAUACUUGGUACAAAAAUUCCAGGCCCAGGAACUAUAGUAGUUGAGCAAAACUUUAAAUUUCCAGCACCAUGUUAUGCUGGAGAUAUAAUAGAAAUAAAAGUUCAAAUUGUUUCUAUAAGAAAAAUUAUGAAAUGUGAAUAUAUUUGUAUUGCAAAUGGAGAAAAAAUAGUUUUAAAAGGAAAUGCAAAACUAAUUAAAAAGUCAAUAUUUAAUACUGAAUCUUCAAUUGGCUGCAUUUGUGGAAUUUUUUUAACUGGAGAGUUUAAAAAAGAUAAUAAAGAAUCACUUGAAGGAAAUCCUGCUCUUAUUCAUGGUUUACCUGGAGUAUUUCCAUGUACUCCAAUUGGAAAUAAAAUUUGUAUAAGUAAAUGUUUAGACACUAUUAUUAAAUAUCUUCCAAAUAGUUCUAAAAUUUUAUGUAGUUCAAUAGAACGUGAUUGUUAUAAGGAAAAGGCCUAUUUAUUUAUUAAAAACUGUAAGAGUGGAUGGAUUAAUACAAAUCUUUCUGCUGGAAGGGAAUAUUGUUGUAAGGAUGGUAGACCAUACAAAUGUCCAGCAUUUUAAAAUAAAUAUUUUUUAUUAUAUUUAUUAUAUUACUAUAUUAUUAUAAAUUUUAUACUUCUUCAAUUUAAUAAAAUUAUUCUUGAUUUUAUCAUAUUUUCUUCUUAAAUAUCCCGCUCUUUUUCUAAAUAUAGCUUUAAAAGUAUCAUAUAUACUUCACAAAGAAUUAAAAGAAUCCCAGAUAAAUAUUUGAAAUCCUUGUUCUAUAAUUAAAUUGCUAAAUAUAAAAUUUAUUUUAUUCUGUGUAUUUUAAGAAAAAAAAAUUUACUCCAUUAUAUUUUUUGUUUUAGUUAUUGAUAUUUGAGGUAUAAUUUUGAUCUUUAAUUUGUGCUAUUGGGUCAAGUUCAGGCAUAACCCUAAUAUUAUAGAUGACAAUGUUAAAUUUAAAUUAAUCAGUUGCUUUAAAUUUGUAUCUCACACACUCUGUAUUUUUAAUAGUCAAAAUAAAAAUUAAUUUUUAUUGAUUCAAAAAAAAA